AUGAAAUCUCUGUCUUAUUUAUCUUAUUUUACAUAUAAUUACUACUAUUAUUAUGAUGAUUAUAAUAGUGGCGAUCAUCAUAAUUACUUCUAUGGCCAGUGUUUCUAUCGUUAUCUAAUUACACUCAGUUUAUUAUUAGUAAUUUAUGCAGUUAAUUCGGUUACAUGUCAAACAAAUGAAAUUGAAAUUGACAAUUGUUUUGGUUUAACAAAUAAUGAUGAUAAUAAUAAUAAGCAUGAUUUUAAAAAGCUGCUUAAAAGCUUUGCAUAUCGUCGUGCUUAUUAUUAUAAAACAAAACCAGAUGGACUUGAACUGGUAACAAAAUUUAAUCCAUUAUCUUGUAUUUAUGGUGUGAUUCUACCGCAUGAAAAAAGUUUUCAUCACUUAAACAUUCAUAUAAUGGACACUUAUUUGCAAGUGAUAAAGUCUACAUCAGAUAAAUAUGAAUUAAUAAGUAAACAUCAAGUGAAAUUUAGUAUUCUUCAAAAUAUUGAUGAUGGUAUUACUGACAGUACUGUUUAUUUAGCUAAAAUUUAUAUGCAACUUAAUGAGAAUAAUAAAACAAAUAUGCUUUUACAAAUAAGCGAGUUUAAAUCACUAGUUAGUCCAGUUUACUUUAUUAUCGAGCAUGAUUUACCCACAGAAGUUGAUGGUUUAAUCCAUGUCCAUUUACAUCUGUUAGUGACACCAGUAUAUUUAUGUAGAAAAUAUGAAGGUAUGCUUUUACCAGUGGAUAAAGAUUUCAGCCGUUACCAAGGUGAACAACAACAACAACAACAAUUACCUAUAGAAAAAGAUAAAACAACAAUUGGCGAAUUAUUUAAUUGUAUGGAGGCUAAAAAUAAAUCUCUACUUGGUAAUUUGUUUAAACCAUACUUUUGUAUUAAAUCAUCAUUAAUGUGCGAUCAAUAUUCAAAUUGUCCACAAGUGUUUAGUUAUACUGGGCAUAAUUUUAAAACGUUAGAUGAACAUCCUGUAUAUUGUCGUAAGGUUUUUGUCUUCCGUAUGAAAGAUAUUACACUGCAAACAAUAUUCUUUUCAUUAUUAUCAAUUUCAUUAAUUUUAAUGACACUGACAUUUGCAUUACGUAAACGAUUUUUGAAUUUAUUCGAUAGAAUGUGUAAUAGAAGACAAACAACUCAACUAACUACUAAUGAAUCAGAUAAUGUAGGAAAUAUUACAGAGACUGGGGAUGGACAUCAACAACAAUAUCAUCGGCCUAUAACUAUCAUUGUCAAUAAUGCUGAUAUAAUGCGAAAUAAUACUCUUUCAGUUUUGUAUAAUCAGAAUGUAUCUCCAACGCAUUUCUAUGAACCACCUCCAUCGUAUAACGAGGCUAUUAAACACUCGAAUAUGUUGAGUAAACAACAAAGGCUUGAUGAUAGUAGUCAUUCUCAUGCAGAUAGCCCAGUUGACAUGACAACAUCAGCGGAGAGUUGUUCAGAUAUCUGUCAGUUACCGAGGAAAUUAAAGACGAACAGUCUAAGCCGUAAAAUCUUUUCACCUUACUAUCCUGAAGAGACGUCAGGGACAACUUCUUCUGUUUGCCUGAAAAGGAGUAAAACUUCCCCACCGAAUUAUAUUCAUUGUUUUAUGUCUGAUUUGAUGUCAGAAGCUUCUAAUUUGUAUUCCUCAAAUAAAAAUGAGGAUGAAGGAAAUGAAAGAUAG